UUAAUGUGUGAAGACAAAUUACUCGCAAUCGGUGUGUUUUUUUGAAUUUUGUGGUGUUUUUGUCGUUGUUACGUGCGUGGCGGGGUAGGUGCCUGCAAUGCCGGCGCGUUUCGCAUUAUGUCAAAAAUUUUGACAAAGGGCCCCAGUCGUCACCUGCCACUGGUCUUUACAUGGGAAAUACAAGUCCGAGGCCCCCAGCUUUGAAUCAAGACAGUGUUGACGGUGUUUACACACAAAGACGUGAGGAUUCAUGUCAGAAUUUGAGUACGAGUUCGAGUGGACGGUCGUUUGCGAGUGUUAACAGCCACCAAUCAACCUUCAGUGUCUCGAGGCCUUGGUCGCGGGUCUCCAGACGCAGGUGGAAGGAAUCGACUCUAACUUUACCGUACGAGUCGAGCAAAACCGCUUGGCCUGUUUCGCAAAUCGAGUCGUUUUUCUUGCCCGAGUUUCCGUUUCGUAGCGAAGGCAAGCAUUUUACGAAUUUGGGCGAAAUAAACAAAGGGGCGUUUGGCAAAGUGUACAAAGUGAGCGACGAGAAAGGGACGCUUUACGCGCUCAAAGUCUUAUCUAAAUCUAAGAUUAUUAGAGAGAACGCUGUACAGCAAGUUAAAGACGAAGUGAGGAUUCAGAGGGUGUGUGGGCAUCAUCCGUUUAUCGUUGAUUGUCCGUUUCAUUGGCAGAGUAAGAAGAGGUUGUUUAUCGUAAGUAAUUACGUUGCCGGUGGGGAACUUUAUGAUUUAUUGAAGACUUACACCGUCCUUCCUGUGGCUUUAGUCAAGCUUUACGUUGCACAAUUGGCCCUUGCUCUUGAUUUUUUGCACAACGCCGGCGUGAUUUACCGCGACCUGAAACCGGAAAACAUCCUCUUAGAUGCCUCUCUCAACGUCCAAUUGAUUGAUUUCGGCCUUUCGAAGUGGUUGCCAUACGGCAAGACAACGCGUACGAUUUGCGGCACCUUUUUAUACAUGGCUCCGGAGGUAUGGACGGGGGAGGAGUAUGGGCAUGGAGUUGAUUGGUGGAGUCUGGGAGUGAUUGCCUGUGUGAUGCUGACCGGGAAGUAUCCAAGCGCAGAGCCGGACUCGGGGCAAUUCAGCACGGUGUUGCCCCAAGUGGGGCUCGACGGCCCGGCACGUGACCUGCUACAAAGGCUGCUGCAAGUCAAAUCAGCCCAAAGGUUGAGGACUUUGAGGGCACUCAAAAAUAUAGCGUUCUACAAAGGCUACAGUUUUGACGACGUCAAGGAUAGACAAGUUAACCCGAAAGAACUGCUCCCGGAAAUUCCCGAAAAAUUGGGGGAUGACUUCGAGGGGUUUGACGAGAGUUUUGUGACCCAAUUGUAGAAUCCCUUUCCUGGUGAUGAUCCCGUUUCCCGAAUCCAUUCCCAAGGUAAGUGCCUCCUACUUUUCCCUUUUUUCCGUUGUGGUGGAAUAAUAAAUAAGUGAAAAAUUG